AUGGGCGGGAGGGUGACCCGCGUGUUCCGGAAUUUUAACGUGGAGAACCGGGCCCGCCGCGAGAUCACCAAAGAGAAGCCCACGGCCGCGCCGCGGCACCGCACCGCUCGGCUGGACACCAUGGCCAAUAGCCCAGAGAUAAAAGAAGAAGUUCUCAGAAAGGAUGAUAGGUUCCUCACCUUGCUCAAAGAUGUUUAUGUGGAGUCCAGAGAUCCACCAGUGAGGGUAAAAGAUGGAGGUGGUGAACAUCUUCCGAGUAAACAGAAGGAAAAGAGACUUACAAAAUUAGGCCACUUGGAAGCUCUAGAUGUUAAGAAAGUUUCCAAAGGCAAAAUUUCCCUUGUGGAGGCUUUGACACUUCUUAAUAAUCAUAAACUUCAACCUCAAAUAUGGACUGCAGAGAAAAUAGCAGCAGAAUAUAGUCUGGAACUGAAGGACGUCAACUCUCUUCUGGAAUUCUUCAUUCCUUUCACUGUGAUGGAAUUUCCUAAAGAAACCAAAAAAGCCAUAACGAGCCAUAAACCAAAACAGUUAACAUAAAAAUACACGUCAAAACCUUUUGUGAUCUCACUCGUGUCUUCAUUUUACUCUCAAGUAUAUUCCAUGCCUACAAGGCUGCUUCCUUAUGCCAGUGAGAUGUAUUCAAGCAAUUCCAUUCUGCAUUGGAUGGCUUUAGUGAAAUGCAGCAACUACAGUUUGUAAACCAGAAUAUGACUUAAUGGUAUGACACCACAUCACACAGUUCUGAUUAUCCCAUUCAAAUGUUAUGAGUUCAAUUAAAGCAUUUUACCUUAAAAGAUUGCCUUUCUCAGCAGAGACUUCCUGGCCUGCAGCUAAAGAGGUGGUCUGUGGGUGUUGGCUCUGUAAUUUCAUGUUGCACUGUUCUUUCAAGGACUUGCUGUCAAGGUAUGUGUAUAUAACAAACAACUGUAUUUCUUUUGUCUAAGAAUGGAAUGGUAUUGAUACUUUGUAAAGAAGAUUAACCACAAGGGCAUUUGGAAAAUUCAGCUGUGUCAAACA